CUUCCCCAACCCUUUCCUCCGGGCACGAACCCACUGCUAACAAAAAUAAAUCCCGCGUGUACAAAUCUACCCUCCGCCACUGACCUAGAUCAUACCACCCGCCCCCCGCCGAUCCGCCACCGCAAAUCCCCACCCGAUUUUCCCCCAAUUAUCUUGCUUCGAUUCGUAGCGUGCUCUGCUAGGGUUGGGAGCCGAUCGCGCCGCCGGGAGCCGAUCGAUAGGGCUAGGGUUAGAGCCGCAGCGCAGGGGAAAUGGAGAAGAAGAAGGCGGCGGUGCCGCUGGUGUGCCACGGCCACUCGCGGCCCGUCGUGGACCUCUUCUACAGCCCCGUCACGCCCGACGGCUACUUCCUCAUCAGCGCCAGCAAGGACUCGAAUCCAAUGCUUCGUAAUGGUGAGACUGGAGAUUGGAUUGGGACUUUUGAAGGUCAUAAAGGUGCUGUUUGGAGCUGUUGCCUUGACACAAAUGCUCUGCGUGCUGCCUCUGGUUCUGCGGACUUUUCAGCUAAAGUGUGGGACGCACUAACAGGAGAUGAACUUCAUUCAUUUGAACACAAGCAUAUAGUCCGUGCAUGUGCCUUUUCUAAGGAUACCCACCUGUUGCUUACUGGAGGUAUGGAAAAGAUUUUGCGUGUAUAUGAUUUGAACCGUCCAGAUGCUGCUCCAAAAGAACUAGCCAAAUCACCUGCUUCUAUCCGAACUGUCGCUUGGCUUCAUAAUGACCAAACUAUAUUGAGCUCCUGCACUGAUACGGGUGGAGUAAGGUUAUGGGAUGUGAGGAGUGAAAAAAUUGUCCAAACUCUUGAAACCAAGGCACCUGUUACUAGUGCAGAAGUAAGCCAGGAUGGCAGGUUCAUCACCACAGCUGAUGGCUCAAGUGUGAAAUUUUGGGAUGCUAAUACCUUUGGGCUUGUUAAAAGCUAUGAUAUGUCGUUUACUGUGGAGUCGGCUUCACUUGAACCAAAGUCCGGGAGCAAGUUCAUUGCUGGAGGAGAAGAUAUGUGGGUUCAUGUAUUUGAUUUCGUCACCGGUGAAGAAAUAACUUGUAACAAAGGACAUCAUGGCCCAGUUCACUGCGUCCGGUUCGCACCUGGGGGUGAAUCAUACGCGUCAGGGUCAGAAGAUGGCACUAUCCGAAUCUGGCAGCUGAGCCCAGCUAACACAGACGCCGAGGAGGCAGCCGAUGCAAACGGUAAACCAAAGGCUGGUGUAGAGGAGGUUACGUGUAAGAUCGAAGGCUUCCACAUUCCCAAGGAGGAGAAGGCCGAGGAGUAGGAUUACAUCGUUGGCCUGCAUGGCCAUCCUUCGUGCUUACCGACAUAGCGUUGUCCAAGCUGCUCUUUGUGUUUCUUUCACCUUGCUCAAAGCUGUUUUCUGACGCAAGGGUGGAUGGCCUGUAUCAUUGUCUGAGAGCAGUUAACUGCGCUGUGUGAAAAAUCUUGUCCUAUGAUGAGCAAAUGCUGGGGAUUUUUUGUACGCUGAGAAUAAACCACGCGUAGAACAGGGUUGGAACAUGUGAAGUUUUGUAUGCUGCUGAUGAGGCGGUGACUGGAUUAGAUUCAAA